AGACAGGCGUGGUCACGGCAGGCUGAGGCUGUGUGCAGAACGCAGCCGGCUGCUCCCAGAGACCCAGAGGUAACCUCGCGACUCGCCCGGCACUGGCGUUGGAGUGGUCACCCUAUCUCUUCCCACAGAAGUUUCUGGAAAGGACAACCCCCUUGAUUGUUGGGACCCCCAGCUGCAACGGAGAUAAGCUGUGAGAACCAGUCGCCAUGCCAACGGUAGUACCAGAAGCCUUUAAACAUGCCGGCAAGGACUUGGGACUUCAAGUAUGGACCAUCGAGAAAAUGGAAGUGGUCCCUGUCCCUCCGAAGGCUUACGGGAACUUCUUUGAAGGCGAUUGCUACCUGAUAUUGUUCGCCAAGAAGACGGCAAGUGGGACCUCUCAAACCCUCCACUUCUGGAUCGGGAACGAGUCCACGCAGGACGAGCAGGGUGCUGCUGCCAUGUACAUCACCCAACUGGACGAUUACCUGGGAGGGAGCCCCACCCAGUACCGUGAGACACAGGGCCACGAGUCUCCAGAGUUCAAAAGUUACUUCAAGAACGGCAUCGUAUACAAGAAGGGAGGUGUGGCCUCGGGGUUCAAGCACGUGGAGACAAACGUGUACAACAUCCGGCGACUGCUCCACAUCAAGGGGAAGAAGAACGUGAUGGCCACAGAGGUGGAACUUUCCUGGAACAGCUUCAACAUGGGCGACGUUUUCCUCUUGGAUUUGGGCAAGGUCAUUGUCCAAUGGAAUGCGCCACGGAGCAACAGGACGGAGAGGUUAAAGGCCCUGAUACUCGCCCAGGACAUCAGGGAUCGCGAGCGCGGAGGCAGGGCCCAGAUCGGCAUCGUGGACGGGGAUCAGGAGGACCAGCACCCCGAGCUGAUGAAGAUCAUGACGGCCAUCCUGGGGGAGCAGAGAGGCGAGUUGAAGGAGGCCACACCUGACCAGAAGGCCGACCAGCUGCAGAAAUCCAACAUCAGGCUCUACCAUGUUUCUGACACCACGGGGAGUCUGAUGGUGCAAGAAGUGGCCACACGACCGCUGACCCAGGACCUACUGAAGCACGAGGAUUGCUAUAUCUUGGACCAGGGUGGGGUGACGAUCUUCGUCUGGAAGGGGAAGGAUGCCAACAAGGAGGAGAAGCGAGCUGGGAUGAACAGGGCCUUGGGGUUUAUCAAAGCCAAGCACUACCCUGACAGUACCAACGUAGUACUGCUGAAUGACGGAGCCGAAUCCGCCAUCUUCAAACAGCUCUUCAAGAAGUGGACGGUGAAGUGGCAGACCCAAGGUCUGGGCAAGAAGCACACAGUGGGCAGGAUUGCUAAGGUGGAACAGACCAAGUUCGAUGUGACCGAGUUACACGCCAGGCCUGAGCUGGCUGCUCAGAAGAGGAUGGUGGAUGAUGCCUCAGGCAAGGUCGAGGUAUGGAGAAUUGAGGACAACGAGCUGGUUCCAGUGGACCCCAAGACCUACGGACAAUUCUACGGGGGAGACUGCUACUUGGUGCUGUACACGUACAUGAAAAGCAACAAGCCCGCGUACAUCCUCUACAUGUGGCAGGGUCUGCACGCCUCCCGCGACGAGAUCGCUGCCUCAGCCUACCAGGCAGUGAACGUUGACAACCAGUACAAUGGUGAGGUGGUGCAGGUCCGGGUGGCGAUGGGCCACGAGCCACGUCACUUCCAGGCCAUCUUCAAGGGGAAACUCAUUGUCUUUGAGGGUGGGACAGGCCGCGGUGGGAAGACCGAGGAGGGUCCCGUCAGACUCUUCCAGGUACGAGGCACCACGGAACUGAACACCAAGGCCACCGAGGUUCCUGCCCGCGCCACCUCCCUCAACUCCAAUGACAUCUUUGUGCUGAAGGCGGAACAGACCACCUACCUGUGGUGCGGCAAGGGCUGCAGCGGUGACGAGCGUGAGAUGGCAAAGACGGUGGCCAACAACCUGUCCAAACGGGAGAAGCAGACAAUACUGGAGGGACAGGAGCCGCCGGAGUUCUGGGCUGUACUGGGGGGGAGAGCACCGUACGCCAGUGACAAACGGUUCCAGGAAGAGGAAGCUGAAUAUGACCCAAGGCUCUUUGAGUGCUCCAACCAGACGGGAAGAUUCAUCAUGACGGAGAUUUACGACUUCACACAGGAGGAUCUGGAUGAAGACGAUGUCAUGUUGCUGGACACAUGGGAGGAGGUGUUUCUGUGGAUAGGCCGGUCAGCCAAUGACUACGAGAAACAGGAGUCCAUUGCCUCGGCUAAGGAUUACCUGCAGACACACCCAUCAGGACGGGACUUGGACACACCGAUCGUCCAGGUGAAGCAAGGCUCAGAGCCCCUGACCUUCACCGGCUGGUUCAAUGCCUGGGACUCACACAAGUGGACCGCUGGAGGUGGAAGCAGCUACGACAGAAUGAGAGGUAACCUGGGCGACGUAUCAGCGAUCACACAGAUCUCUGUGGACCUCAACAACACUGACCUGAACCGGAAAGGUUCCCCACCCUCAGCCUCAGUCCCUUCCCACUCCCCCUCCCCACCUGCCUUCAGCCCUCAGAUGCCUGCUGCUCAGGCACCCUACAACCCUCAGUCUGGGCGCUCUACGCCCGCAGCUCCCUCACCUCUCUCCUCCUCCUCCCCCUCACCUUCUCCAUCCGGACCGAUCAUUGUCAACGGCAAGGAGUGUUACCCUCGGGAAUUGCUGAUCAAUGUGCCACUGGAGGACCUUCCUAAAGGGGUGGAUCCCGAGAAGAAGGAGCAAUAUCUGUCGGACGAGGACUUUGAGGACAUCUUCGACAUGACACGGGAGGAGUUUAAGAUGGCACCAAUCUGGAAGCAGAUGGUGCUGAAGAAACAGAAAAAACUCUUCUAGAGAUGCAUACAGUCUGCUGGCUCCACCCACCUUUACACAGCAAGAGUCCAUGGUCUGGGGAGUAAUUAGGAAAUAGGUCAGGAUAUAGAUAUAUGUAUAUUUUUCCUUUUUUAUAUAUAAAAAUUAACCUUUUUCUCCGUUAAGCUGAUACUAAAAGGUCAAAUUAGCCUGUAGGUUGUUCUGAAUGCUUUCGACUUUGCAAGCACAUUCGGGGCGGCCUAGGUUUGAACCGUCCAGAGGCAUCUGUUGCCGUGACUGUCUGCCAGGGUAUGUUUCUGGGGCGCAGUCUGACCCCUGUAUGGUUGGCCCAAAGGCUGUCCGUCUCGGGCCGAAUCAAGCGAGGUGGCACCGGCUUUGACCUCCGUGGAAUGGGGUUGAGGAGGUCCUGCUUUAAAGGGGUUUCCCUUCUCGGCCAUUGUCUGAUUAUGCCUGGUGAUCCUCUCCACAGUCAAGUAACCGUCUGGCAUCUCCAGAUAUGCCUAGUGAGGAUAUUGGCAAUUAGACCAUAAGAUAUGGAGCAGAAUUAGGCCAUUCGGCUCAUCGAAUCUGCUCCUCCAUUCAAUUAUGGGUGAUGAUUUUUCAACCCCAUUCUCCCGGCUUCUCCCCGUAACCCUUAACCCUGUUACCAAUCGGGAACCUAUCGAUCUCUGCCUUAAAUACACCCAAUGACUUGACCUCCACAGCCCUCUGUGGCAAUGAAUUCCACAGAUUCACCACCCUCUGGCUGAAGAAAUUCCUCCUCAUCUCAGUUCUGAAGGGACGUCCCUUUAUUCUGAGGUUGUUCCCUUGGAUCCCAGACUCUCCCACUGAUGAGAACGUCCUGUCCACGUCCGCUCUAUCCAGGCCUUUCAAUAGGGCAACUUACUCCCCACACUAAUUUCAGGACAACUCACCCCCUACAUCUCCUGGUCAGUUAGAGACGGGCGAUGGACACUGGCCUUGCUGGUGAUACACACCUCCCUCAUCUCUUCGAGUACAUUUAUAAUUUCUUAAGCAGGCCACAGAUCAAACCCUGAUGUGAACAGUGUUAUGCCUCUCAAGAUGACCUUCCACUCCCUUCCCUUCCUACGAUAACUAUCUGGCAGGAACUCUGAAGGGCAGACAGUAUAUCUCGGGCUGGGUAGCUGCCUGGUAUGGGCCGGCACUAAGUGUGGGGUGAAGGCAUGAGGAGAGGGUUACCAGAAUGACAUGAGUGUCCAGUGAAGGGGGUCCAACAGACGUUGUCCUAACACACUCCGUGAUCCCGCAGUGUUUUUGAGGUGAUGUUAGAAAGUCGAGUUUAUCGUCCUAUGCACAUGUGUGCACAGGUGCAGUGAAAAACUUACUUGCAGCAGCAUCACAGGCACAGAGCAACAGACAUUAUGUGUCACCACGCAGUCGAUGUGUGGCGUGUAAGAUAGAAUCAUGUGACGUAACACUGUGGGGUGAAGAGUCUGUUCUUGUGCUGUACUGUCCCAUGUUCUAUGACAUUCUCCUGUGACAUGGAGGAAAAUCAUGUGGCGUCGUAUGACGUACUACAGAUAUAUGUUGUUAAUGUGACAUCAGGGCUCAUGGGGGAAUCCAUCGGACACUGCUGAGGCCGCCUAAUCAUACAGGAGUGAGUGAAGUUGUGAUUUUAACCUUACGUGGGCUUGCGAGGGGCAGAUACAAUCUAUGCCCCCAAUCUUUAAACAUACCGCUUUCUAAUUGGUGGAUGGUCGGCAGGGUUUGACGGCUGAUUGGAUCAGUUUUAACUGGACUUGGGUUCAAGUUCCCUCCAUCCACACUUCAGGCAUUUAUUGGGAAAAAUGGGAGACAAAGGCUGUGGUUUAUUUCACUGAUUCCUCACCUUCUAGUAAACCUCUCGCACUAUGGGAAAAAAUCACUCUCUGUUUUUGUAGUUUCACUGAUAGGCAUCAGUCCCAACCAGUUCUUCAAUGGGACACACAAGGACGUCAACUUAUCACGUGACCCCUUAUCCCACACACGUGAUUGGUCCAUCCUCCAGGUCGAGCUGCCUUGCGGCAGCCAGUUAGACAUAAACAUGAUCCUUUGUUAUUCAGUUGGAGCAAGGCUGCCGGAGAGUGCAGCAAUAUUGACACUCAGCUGAUUUCUUCCCGAUCUCCGAUAUUUUUAUAAUUAAAAAUGGGAACUCCAAUCUUUGUGGGAAGAAGGAUUUGAAUUUUUGUAGCGCCUUCCACAACCUAGAGUGCUUAAAAAGCCAACCAAGAACUUUAGAAACACACCCCCCCACCCCCCCCCCCC